UCUUCUUGUGGUGGUUAUUGGUCUUCUUGUAGUGAUUAUUGGUCUUCUUGUGGUGAUUAUCGGUCUUCUUGUGGUGGUUAUUGGUCUCCUUGUGGUGGUUAUUGGUCUUCUUGUGGUGAUUAUUGGUCUCCUUGUGGUGGUUAUUGGUCUUCUUGUAGUGAUUAUUGGUCUUCUUGUAGUGAUUAUUGA